CAGAGCUUCCCGGCCGAGCUGCAGGCCGGGCGCACAGAGAUGAGCUCACCACUUCCUCUCCACGUGGGCAGGGCAGCAGUAAACACAUGGCUGGGGCUGCCCAGGUCGCCACGAUGCAAGGGGACGUGGAGAGGUUGCUGAUCCUGUUCAAAGAUGAGGCUGGCGAGAUCUUGGGGUCCCCCUUUGAUGUGCCCAUUGAUAUCACGCCGGAGAAGCUGCAGCUGGUCUGCAACGCACUGCUCCAGAAGGAGGAGCCGCUGCCCUUGGCCUUCUACGUCCACGAUGCUGAAAUCGUCACGUCGCUGGAGAAGACCCUGGCGGGGCAGGUGGUGGAGACGGAGAGAGUCCUCGACAUCAUCUACCAGCCCCAGGCUGUAUUCAAAGUGCGGGCGGUGACGCGAUGCACCAGCUCUUUGGAGGGGCACACCGAGGCUGUCAUCUCCGUAGCCUUCAGCCCCACUGGAAAGUACCUGGCGAGCGGCUCCGGUGACACCACCGUGCGCUUCUGGGACCUCAGCACGGAGACGCCACACUUCACGGCCAAAGGUCACAGGCAUUGGGUCCUCAGCAUCGCCUGGUCUCCCGAUGGCAGGAAGCUCGCCUCAGGGUGCAAAAACAGUCAGAUAUUUCUCUGGGACCCAGACACAGGGAAUCAGAUUGGCAGGGUGCUCGCCGGACACUCCAAAUGGAUCACGUGGCUGUGUUGGGAACCACUCCACAUAAAUCCCGAGUGCCGCUACUUGGCCAGUGCCUCCAAGGACUGCAGCAUCCGCAUCUGGGACACCGUCACGGGCCGGUGCGAUAAGAUCCUCACCGGGCACACGCAGUCGGUCACGUGCGUGAAGUGGGGCGGAGAUGGCCUGCUCUUCUCCUCCUCCCAGGACAGAACCAUCAAGGUCUGGAGAGGCCAGGAUGGAAUUCUCUGCCGCACCCUGCAGGGCCACGGGCACUGGGUGAACACCAUGGCUCUGAGCACCGACUACGUUCUCCGCACAGGGGCCUUUGAACCCGCCGAAGCCUCUGUCAACCCGCAAGACAUGAGUGGCACCCUGGCAGAACUGAAAGAGAAGGCGCAGCACAGGUACGACCAAGUCAGGGGGCAGGGACCGGAAAGGCUAGUGUCUGGAUCGGAUGACUUCACGCUGUUCCUGUGGGCCCCAGCAGAGGACAAGAAGGCGCUGGAGAGAAUGACAGGCCACCAGGCAUUGAUCAACCAAGUGCUCUUCUCCCCAGACACCCGGAUAAUAGCCAGUGCUUCCUUUGACAAGUCCAUCAAGCUCUGGGAUGGCAGGACGGGAAAAUACCUCACCUCCCUGAGAGGGCACGUCUCUGCUGUUUACCAGAUCGCCUGGUCUGCGGACAGCCGCCUCCUGGUGAGCGGGAGCAGUGACAGCACGCUGAAGGUGUGGGACGCCAAGACGGGGAAGCUGGCCAUCGAUCUCCCCGGCCAUGCAGACGAGGUGUUUGCAGUGGAUUGGAGCCCGGAUGGACAGCGAGUAGCCAGCGGAGGGAAAGAUAAGUGUUUAAGGAUAUGGAGACGAUAGGAGCAGUGAAAAGAUCCUGCCGGUUCUAACUGGCCCUGUCCGUAUGGCCGGGCCUGGCAGCUAACCCGCUCAGCGUGGACUGUGGUGUUCUGCCUCUUGCACACCGUACUAGCUCUGCCUGAUUAAUUUCUGUGAAGGGAGAUUGGUUCGCAUUAAAUCUGAAUCACAAAGAUCUUG